AUGAAGAAUCCGGAAGCAAAACGAGCUGAGCUGGAGAACAUCAAGGAUGCUGUAAAGCAGAACAACAAGCGUAAGAGAAGCGCGUCCCAGGCGCAAUCUGAGGAGGGCAGCGCAAGAUAUCCACAACUAUCAGACGCGGACGAUGCAUUACCAAGCACCCACGACCAGCAGCACAACAGGGCUGAUGAUCCACAUGAGUUCAUCAGCUUCGAACUUUUUCGUGGCGGAACAAGUCAAUGGGAGGUCCAUCUUGAUGCCUUGGCUACAGUAGUUCGUGGUAUGCCGGUGGUCAGCGCGGACAACAACUCAUCUCCCGAACAUCUUACACCAGACAAUCCCAGCGGACUUGAGCCUCAUCGUCUGGAAGAUAACGCAGAGCAUUUUCUUGUAGGAGCUGUGCUAUGGUUCGACAUAUUGUCAUGUGCUUCUACAAGCGACGCUCCUCGUCUCCAUCCAGAAGCCGUUCGUCUUUUGCAAGGGCAAAUCGACUUAGCGAACAUCAUCCCCUGCCAGCCAUGGGUCGCCUUGGCCAUGGGUGACAUUGCAGCGCUAGGCGCUUGGAAGGCAGAUGCGAUCUCAACUUCCAGCCUCAGCUUCUGGAAACUGUUUGAGCAAGGAGAUCCCAUUCGCAAGCGGUUGGAUGACGGCAUUGCCGGCCUCCGCAAUGAAUUCGACGAACCGUUUUCCGCACUAGGUGUUUCGCAUCUCAGUACCACAGGCGCCUACCUGGUUCUCGCCAACCCCAGGGUGCAACAAGAAGCUAUAAAACGAGCAAUCACUCUAGUCUUUGCAUAUGCUGCUCAAGUCUAUCUCAACACCAUCAUCUCUGGAGCGGACCCUAAGCUUGAUGAUGUCCGAAAUAGUGUCGUCGACACGAUGAAUGCUCUGCAGGAAUUGCAACUCAUCUGUGAUGCUCAAGCUUUGCGAAAUCUUAUCUGGCCAAUUUGCAUUGCUGGUAGUAUGGCUGAGGGUGCACCCGCUCAAGCAUACUUUCAGAGUCUGAUUCAAGGGCUUGGUGAAGAGGCACACGCUUUUGGCAAUACCACGACUACUCUCCAGAUCAUGCAGAGAUGUUGGACUUCACGCGGAAAUAAUCGAUCUGGAUCUUGGGACUGGGCUACCGCCAUGGAAUCUCUAGGCCAACGUGUGCUACUCGUCUGA